GCCUGGCUGCCACAGCUGGCCAGGAGCCUGACCAAGCCCAUGGCUGUGCCCACGGCAGCUGCUACCCAGCAACUGGAGAUUUGUUGGUCGGAAGAGAAAAAAACCUGAAGGCCUCGUCCACAUGUGGCAUGAGAAGAAAAGAGCCCUACUGCAUCGUCAGUCAUUUGCAGGACGAGAAGAAGUGCUUUGAGUGUGACUCCAGGAGGCCGUAUGACCCCGUCUACAACACCAUCAACCACCGGAUAGAGAACGUCAUCACCACCUUCAAACCUCACCGCAAAAAGUCCUGGUGGCAGUCGGAGAAUGGAAAGUCGGAUGUUUUUAUCCAGCUGGACCUGGAGGCAGAGUUUCAUUUUACUCAUUUGAUCAUGACAUUCAAGACUUUCCGUCCAGCAGCCAUGCUUAUUGAGCGUUCAGCAGAUUUUGGUCGUACCUGGCAGAUCUAUCGCUACUUUGCUCACGACUGUGCUGAUUCCUUUCCUGGAGUAUCUCAGGGUCCGCUGCGUAACAUUAACGACGUCGUCUGUGAGUCCCGCUAUUCUGACAUUGAGCCUUCGAUGGAAGGAGAGGUCAUCUACAGAGUCUUGGAUCCGUCUAUCAGGAUUGAUGACCCCUACAGCCCCAGCAUCCAGAAUCAGUUGAAAAUCACCAACUUGAGGGUUAACUUCACCAAACUUCACACACUGGGAGACAACCUGCUGGACCCCAGAGCUGAGAUCAAAGAGAAGUAUUACUACGCCAUAUAUGAACUCAUUGUACGUGGAAACUGCUUCUGUUACGGCCAUGCCUCAGAAUGUGCCCCCAUCGAUGGCAUCAGGGAUGACAUCGAGGGAAUGGUUCACGGUAGAUGUGUUUGUAACCACAACACUAAAGGUUUAAACUGUGAGCAGUGUGAUGAUUUUUAUAACGACCAGCCCUGGAGGCCAGCUGAAGGGCGCAACACGAACGCCUGCAAGAGAUGUAAUUGCAACAGCCACUCCAACCAGUGUCACUUCGACAUGGCGGUCUAUUUGGCCACGGGAAACAUCAGCGGCGGCGUGUGUGACGACUGCCAGCACAACACAGUGGGACGCAACUGUGAGACGUGCAAACCGUUUUACUACAAAGACCCCAGCAGAGAUAUUAAAGACCCAAGAGUUUGCAUAGCUUGUGACUGCGACCCGGACGGUUCCCAGAACGGGGGGAUGUGUGACAGCCACAGUGACCCCUCGCUCGGCACGGUGGGCGGUCAGUGCCGCUGCAAGGCUAACGUCGAGGGCCCCCGCUGCGACAAGUGCAAGACUGGGUUCUUUGGCCUGAGUGCAGAAAACCCUCAGGGCUGUCAGCCUUGUCAGUGUGACCACAGAGGAACCGUGUCUGGCAGCUCUUUGUGUGACUCGUUCAGUGGAGACUGCAUCUGCAAGCGUCUUGUCACCGGACGCAGCUGUGACCAGUGUCUGCUGGAACACUGGGGGCUCAGCCACGACCUGAGCGGCUGCAGAGGCUGCGAGUGCGACGUUGGAGGAGCGCUGGACAACCAUUGCUCCAUGGAGAGCGGACAGUGCCGCUGUCGCAGUCACAUGACAGGACGCCAGUGUGCGCUGGUGGAGUCUGGAUAUUUCUUCAUGGCGUUGGAUCACUUCCUGUAUGAGGCGGAGUUCGCUAAAAUGGAGCAGGGCUGUACGUUGGAGACCAGGGAACAUCAGCUGGGUCGUCCUGCCUCRUGGACAGAUUUAGGGUUCGCACGAGUCCCUGAAGGGGGCAUUUUGGAGUUUGUUAUUAAUAACAUUCCUUAUUCCAUGGAGUAUGAUUUGCUGAUCCGCUACGAAUCUCAGAUGCCCCGGGACUGGGAGGAAAUGCAACUCACGGUGAUCCGUCCGGGGCCGAUUCCCACCAGCAGCCCCUGUGGAAACACCAUCCCAGACGAUGACCGACUCUUCGUUUCUCUGCCAGCCGGAGCCAGGUUUGUGGUGCCGCCUCACUCCGUGUGUUUGGAAAGAGGCGUGACGUACACGCUCCGCUUCCAGUUCACGCGCUAUCAAGACGCCAACAACAUCCUGAACGGAGGAGCCCAGGCUCUCAUCCUCAUCGACUCUCUGGCACUGAUGCCACGCCACUCCUCCAUGGAGAUGUUCAGCGCAGGGGAUACCGCCUCUAACAUCAGGAAGCAGACCUUUGAGCGGUACCGGUGCCACGAGGGGGCAAAGAGUGUGAUCCGCCCACAGAUGAGUGACACCUGCGCCAAGCUAAUCAGCAGCAUGUCGGCUGUUAUAAACGACGGGGCUCUGUCCUGUAACUGUGACCCUCAGGGCUCCAUCAGCUCCAUUUGUGACAUCCGUGGAGGUCAGUGUCGCUGCAGGCCCAACGUGAUUGGUCGACGCUGUGAUCAGUGUGCACCAGGAACUUAUGGCUUUGGACCCUCAGGCUGCAUAUCCUGCGACUGCAGCUUAGAAGGCUCUGUGACGCGGCUUUGCGACAAGUUUACGGGCCUGUGCCAGUGCCGUCCCGGAGCAUUCGGUCAGCGAUGUGACGGGUGUCAGGCGGGUCACUGGGGCUUCCCCAGCUGCCGACCCUGCCAGUGUAACGGACACGCAGAUCACUGCGACCAGAGGAGCGGAGUCUGCAUCAACUGCAGGGACAACACCGGAGGAGACAAGUGUGACAGGUGUGCCAAUGGUUAUUACGGUAACCCGGUUUUGGGCGUGACAUCAGGCAGUCAGUGCCGCCCAUGCCCCUGUCCAGAUGGGCCCCACAGUGGGCGCCACUUUGCCACGUCUUGUUACCAGGAUAAUCGUAACCGACAAAUUAUCUGCAACUGCAACCAAGGAUACACAGGUGCCCGGUGUGAGGAAUGCGCCCCCGGUUAUUAUGGAAACCCCUCUCAGCCAGGAGGGCGCUGCCAGCCCUGUCAGUGCAACAACAACAUCGACAUGUCAGACAUCGAUGCUUGUGACAGGCAGACUGGAGAGUGCAGGAAAUGCCUGUACAACACAGAGGGUCCUAGCUGCGGCAUCUGCAAAAGCGGAUAUUUUGGGGAUGCUUCUCGACGCAACUGCAGGAAGUGCACGUGCAACUUCCUGGGCACCGAGCGCACUCAGUGCAUAGAGCGUGAGGACUGCGUGUGCCAGCGAGCCUCAGGCCAGUGUCAGUGUCUGCCAAAUGUUGUAGGUCUGAUGUGCGACCACUGCGCCCCCAACCACUGGAACCUGGCCAGUGGGAGGGGCUGUGAAGCAUGCAGCUGUAAUCCCAGCAACUCUGUAACGUCCUCCUGUAACGAAUUUACCGGCCAGUGUCAAUGUCGUGAAGGUUUUGGAGGGAAGACCUGCACAGAUUGUCAGGACAACUACUGGGGCAAUCCCAGGACACAGUGCCGAGCUUGUGACUGCGACUGGCGGGGGAUCGAGACCUCUCAGUGCCACCGGGUGACUGGUCACUGCGUCUGCCAGCAGGGAGUGUCAGGUGUCCGCUGUGACCAGUGUGCCAGAGGCUUUGCAGGCGUGUUCCCCAACUGUCAGCCCUGUCAUCAGUGCUUCGGGGACUGGAAUCGAAUUGUGCAGGACUUAGCGGUUCGCACCAAAACUCUUGCAGAGCGUGCCCAUGAGAUYCAGACCACUGGACUUACUGGGCCUUAUGAGAAAAUCUUCAAAGACUUGGAGGACAAACUGGCACAAGCUCAGGGCAUCGUGAACGCUCGCAACGCCACUGCUGCAGCUGUUGCUACUUUAAUGGAGCUAAUUGAAGAUCUUAGGGCACAGAUUGGUGAGACGACCGAGACCUUAAACCGUGUGGAAGGAGACUUAACGAAUGUCCAGGACAGGAACUCUGUGGCCAGCAAAGAGCUGAGUGCUCUGGAGAGGGAGGCUAAAGAGCUGAACCUCACUUCAGAGCAGCUGCACAACCAGCUUAACAUCCUUAAAAACUCCAACUUUUUAGGUGCGUACGACAGCAUCCGGAGCUCCUACAACCAGUCUCGUGAUGCGGAGCGACGGGCUAACGAAUCCACGACCACCAGGCCCAGCACGGUCAGCCAGUCUGCGGACACCCGGCGCCGAACUGAGCGCCUCAUAGCUGCGAAGAAGGAUGACUUUAAUCGAAAAAACGCAGCAAACAAGCGGGCGCUGGGAGACCUCAACAUCAGAGCGCGAGGCCUGGAUAUGAAGACGAUUAACGAGAAGGUUUGAGUUAACUUUUCAUUACUUUUACCACUUAUUACCAUCAUAGUGU